UACGUUUUGGGUCGCAGGGGCUGAAGAGGAGGAUGCUACAGGGUUCUGAAUGCCAGAGAUGGGGACAGAAGCGGAUUAAGCAGACCUCAGACCUCACGUGGCUUUAUUUUUAUCAGCUCUCUUAACCAUUCAUUCCCUGCUUCUUCAAACGCGCUGGGCUUUCUUGACUCCAUCCUCUCCAGAAAUGAUCACCAAGACCCAGAAAGUAGACCUGGACCCUGGGCUCCCAGAGAAAAAGAAGAAGAAGAAAAAGGUAGUGAAAGAACCAGAGACUCAAUAUUCAAUUAUAAAUGAUGGUAAUUAUUUUGCUGGUACUUCUCCUGUGAGGGCCACAUCCCCCUCUAGGACUGUGAGCCAAGAGCAUGCACCUGAUACACCCUUGGUGAAGAAAAAAAAGAAAAAGAAAAAGACAGGCCACAGCACCCUUUGCGGGGAGCUCCCAGAAUCUGAGCUCACAUCACAAGUCAGACAGAUAGAGAAAUCACCCAGCUCCAGGAAACAGACCUGUGACUACUUGGAGUCCUUCAGUGGAGAGAAAAAAAAGAAGAGGAAAUCCUUGCCUUUGGCCACAUCACAGAGCUCAGAGCGAAAGACCUCCCCUGACCCCAGACAAGGUGAGGAGGCAAUCAGAGUUGGCAAGAAGCUGAAAAAACACAAGAAAGAAAAAAAGUCCCAGGAUACCGCAGCCUGCUCCAUCCAGGACUCUUUGCUGUGUGAGGUGGAAGGUGCUGUGUAUGGACACACAGUGGGGAAAGAGGCCGAGGAGCAGGCGACCUUAGGACAGAAGCGGAAGAAGGGCAGAUCCACAGAACACAGUGGAAGAGUGAAAAAGAAGAAGAAGAAAGUCCACCAGGAGGAAGACUCCCUACUAAGCCACUCCCAGCUCUCCGGGUCCAUGGAGACCAGCCCUAGGAAAGAAAAGAAGAAGCCCGCCAGAGUUGAGGUUCUAGAGUACAUCCCAAUAGGAGAUCACCCUACAGACCCAGUGAAGAAGAAAACAAAGGCUAAGAAAAAAGUAGAACAGCCAGUUGUUGAGCUGGCUCAGAAAAGGAAGAAAAAGAAGAAAAAAGAGAAUGUGGUAGCAGCAGACCCUUGGAAGGAGGAGCCAGACACAGACCUGGAAGUGGUGAUGGAGAAGAAAGGCAACAUGGACGAGACACACAUAGACCAGGUGAGGCGAAAGGCCUUGCAAGAGGAGAUUGAUCGGGAAUCAGGCAAGACAGAAGCAUAUGAACCCAGGAAUUGGACGGGAACCCAGUUUGGCCAGUGGGAUACUGCAGAUUUUGAAAACAAGGAACGGAAACUGAAAUUUCUCCAACUUAUGGGUGGCUUUAAGAAUCUGUCCCCUUCAUUCACCUCUUCCCCUGGUAUGCCUACAAGGCCCAACAUGGCCCUCAGCAAGGCAGCAGCCGACACCUUGCAGCAGAAGUUGCAGCAGGACUAUGACCGGGCCAUGAGCUGGAAGUACAACCGGGGCGCUGGACUCGGCUUCUCUGCCACCCCCAACAGAGUCUUCUACAUUGACAAGAAUGCAUCCAGGUCUGUCAGGUUGGAUGAUUAAACGCUAAUGUGUUUCAUCCAAACAGCUCAAAUGGCUUUUCUGAGUUUCACAGAUGAAAGUUACCUAGCAGCUGUCCAGGAUGGAACACCUGUGGAGACCAAGAACAAACUGGACAGCUAUUGUGUCCUGGGGGCUAAAACCUAUUUUUUUUUUUUUUUUUUUUUUGUCUUUUUGUCUUUUUUCCUUUUUAUUGGUACCAGGGAUCUGGCACUUAUGCCACUGCCCCAAAAACCUGUUUUCUCUGUUAAACCUUCCAUCCCUGCAGUGACAUGAGCAUGGUAAAUAAUGGCAGCUGAUAACUGGCAUUUGUUGAGGGUAUAGUGUGGCCCAGGCACACACACACAGUUUUUGCAUUAACGUAUUUAACCACCAUUAUGAAAUGGGUGCUAUUCAUGAGGCAGCUGAGGUUCAGGAACAAGUAAUAAAAUUGCCCAGGGCUA